GUUGAAAGGAAGAAGACGAAGAAGCGAAGAAGAAGAAGGAGAUCAUUUCAAAGACACACAACAACUGCACCUCCAUCUCCAACACCACCCAACACCACUCCAUCAACGUGCCAACCAACCAACCAACCAACGUCAGGCAGCCAGCCAAGUCACACUCAAAGAUACUCACAGCCACAAAUAAGCCACAACAACAAAGCAAAGCAAGCGAAGAAGGAAGGAAAAGCACGAAGGGGAUGUCGCAGGACGAAGGCAACGCGCUGCUGUCUGGGACUGGGACAGGGGGUGCGUCCAUCCAGACCCCAUAUCAGCAGCAGCAGCAGCAGCAGCAGCAGCACUAUGGCGGUGGUGGCGACGAUGACUCACAGCCUCUCAUCAGCUCUGUGUCCCGCCAAGGGGACGAGAGCGAGGAUACGAUUGAGGAGCUCGAUCCGCACCAUGUCGGCACCAAGAUGACCAGCUUCACCGAGACGCUGAUCAACUUCCUGAAGGGCAACAUCUGUGCCGGGUUCCUCAGCCUUCCAUUCGCCUUUGCCCAGGGCGGCUACGUGGGCGGGACGGCGCUGCUGGCAUUUAUUGCGUCCAUCUGUGUGCACUGCAUGCUGCUGCUCGUCAAGACGAAGCAGCACGUGUGCGCCGAGAACAAAAUCACCCGCCUCUCCUACGGUCAACUGGCCGAGCACGCGAUUGGGCGGGCCGGCAUCAUGAUUGUCAACGCUGCGCUGCUGGUCACCCAGUUUGGCUUCGUCUGCGUCUACGUCGUCUUCAUCGCACAGCACAUCCAGGAGGGCUCCAUCACGCUGAACCUGCCGAGCAACGCCCUGUUUGGCAGCGUCAAGAUUGCGCUGUGCCUGGCGCUGUUCCAGUCCAUCGGUAUUCAGUACUUCCCGCCCAUUGGCAUCAUCGAGCGCACCACCAUGCCAAAGAUCAAGGCGCGCUUCGCAUCGCCCAAGAUGCGCCUGAUUGUCCAGAACGGUCUUCGAACCAUCAUCACCCUCAUCGUCGUGGGCAUCGCCAUUGCCAUCCCGCACCUCGGCCUCAUCAUCUCCCUCAUCGGUUCGCUCGGUGCCGGCCUGCUGGCGCUGAUUCUGCCCCCGCUGAUGCACCUUCGCCUCGUGCCCAACUUGCCGACCUGGGUCAAGGUCAAGAACAUCUGCAUCAUGAUCUUCGGUGUCAUCGGAUCGAUUGCCGGCGUCUUCGUCUCCAUCAAGGAGCUCAUCAACGCCUCGUAA